AUGCCCCGUACGCAGAGACUGGUGCUGGUGCUAGCGGUGCCGAUACUGGUUUGUUUGCUCACUUAUGUAGGCUACACGGACCACGCUGCGCCGCUCCGAAGCAGAGGAUGGGAAGUCGCUACAAGGGUGGACAAGCAGCGCAAAGCUGUGUUUGGAAGCCUUGGUAUCGGGACAUUGCCCGAGGUUGAAGCCAUUGUCGAGCAAGACAAAGCGACACCCGAGAGCAAGCACGGGAAGAAUCCGGGAUUGACGGCCGAGCAGCAACAGCGUCAGGACAGCCUGAUGCAUUACUCUGACGACAAUGGUCGAGUCAGCUUUGCCACGUCUGGACAAGGCGCCAACAUGCCUGAGCAUCCCGUCAGGACGCUCAUCCGCCGAGCAAAGGAUCAAUGGCAGGCCAAGCUUGCUCGGCAAAGCAAGACAUUAGCCGAAGCUGUGGAGCAGUACGAGCAACGCUAUGGCCGCCUACCACCCCGAGGCUUCGAAAAAUGGUACGCGUUUGCAAAGAAGAACGGCGUCAUCCUCAUAGAUGAGUACGAUCGGAUCUAUAGCGACAUCGAACCCUUCUUUGCGCUGCAUGCAAAAACAAUCCGCUACCGCACCGACGAGCUCAGGCGGAACAUCCCGAAGCACACGAGCAGUAUCACCAUUGAUCCUUCGUUGCCUCGAGGCGAACGCGUCAUCUGCGACCCGCCGCGCAAGCGCAGCUUGGAAGCUUUUGCAGCACUCGACGAAUACGCAGACAUCCUGCCAGGGAAAGUGCAAUUUACAGAAUCGACGAGUGACGUCGGCUACGGCAGUAUCUCAUACGAGCAUCGCGAGUAUCUCGUCAGAUUAGCGCGGAAUGACUUCUUCAUCGCGCGGGAAGAGCAAGAUGGCUUCCGCAACGUCGCCUCAGAUCCUGCCAAACCAGUGCUCGAUCUUUGUGCAGGAGGCUCGCCGCUCUACUCUGCUGUAGACCAAGAAUGGUUUCAAGCUGAAUCCCCUGCACAGACCGGCAUGCCGCCCUUCAGCUCGCUUAUCUUUGAUCACGCCAAAUCGAUGGAUGUCUGUCAAGCUCCGAGUCUCUAUUGGAUGCACCCGCAAAUUGCUAGAGUGCCGCUCAUCGGUCGGCUCGAGCCCAUGUUCAGCUGGUCACGGUCUGCACUUCGGUCGGAUAUUGGCCUAGUGCCCCACGAACAAUACACCUUGGGAGCGUACCCUGACGAGCCGAGCUUUGAGCAAAAGACGGACGGGACAGCGGUCUGGCGAGGAUCGUUGACAGGCGCUCUGUUCAGCAAUCAGAGCCCUAAAGCUAGGCGCUCUUGGCUUUCGUCACCUCGCUACCGGUUGUGGAAAGCGGCGCAAGACAAGCGAGGGCAGCGUAAUAUGCUCAUCGAGACACCCGAGGGAACAGUAUCCGUCUCGGCACCUCUGAAGCAAAUUUCGGAACGGCUGGUCGAUGUCGCCGUCGUCGGUAAACCGAUCCAAUGCGAUGUUGAUGUCUGUGAAGAGCUCAAGAAGACUGUCAACUUUGCGCCCUUUGUUCCUCUGACGACAUCCCUAAAGCAUCGCUACAUUAUCGACAUUGAUGGUAAUGGUUGGUCGGGCCGGUUCUAUCGCCUCAUGAGCAGCAACAGUGUCGUGCUCAAGGCAACCAUCUUCCGGGAAUGGUAUACCGAGCGCAUCAUGCCUUGGCUUCACUAUGUGCCGCUCAAUCCCGACUUCUCGGAUCUAUAUGACAUUAUGGCCUUUCUUCAGCUCAAUCCGGACCUAUCAGCUGAAUUGGCAAGGGACGGUAAGCAAUGGGCGCAAGACCACUGGCGAUUAGUCGAUAUGCAAGCCUACACGCUACGGCUAAUGCUCGAAUGGGCACGACUGACCAACCGAAGCGAGGACGAUAUGUGGGACUUUGAGAUGCCUAUCGACUAG